UUACACAGCACAUUUGCAUAUUGCGCGGCGCAGGGGUUAGGUGAACCGCUGGUGAGCGGGUCGGUUUGGAUCCCGGGACUCCUCUGGUGAAGGCGCUCCUCUCACAAAAGGAAGGCCGGAAACCGGAGCUGUGAGGAAACGUUCCGCUUCUCUCCUCCUCCCCCCCCCAGGCGCGCUCCCUGUGCAGCGAGGGGUUUCAGUAAGCUGAGUAACGCGCUGAUGGCGGUGGUGGGAUCGGGAGCGGAGCGGACCGGAGCGGAGCGGACCGGGCCGCCACUGACUGACUGAGAGGGAAAAUAAAGCCCGGCCAGCAGUGAAAGCGGUUCUGUUAUCGGGCGCGAGCGCGGAGGCGGGGUCUUGCCCGCGCGCGCACUCAGUGCAGGAGGCCGGGAGCGCGCGCUGCGCGAGUAUUCGUGGCGGAGAAGAAAAAGCUGUGCGCGCGCAGCCGCCGGUCUCCCGGUAGCGGGAUCUGGAGGAUUCGGGUUUGAUCUGUGCAAACACACACCGGCCCGCCGCACGGUAUCUGCUUGUAUGUGUCACUCCAAGACCACAACGUGGACUAAAAGGGCCUUAAGUGAUCAAGUGGAUCAACUUGCCUCAUCCUUUCCUUCCUUGACUCAGUGACUUGUGACAGAAUUUUUAACAGAUUUGACAGAAAAUGACAUCAGGACAGUUCCUGAAGCCCGUCUCAUCCACUGGUCCUGGCGUUUCAUGGAGCCUCUGAAUAUGGCUGAACUUGGAAGACUUGGGGGUUCCGCAAGUCCCCCUGUCUCUGUCCGAUUGAAUGUUUCUUUUUAAACGCAGUGAGGUCAAAGGAAAAAGCGGCACUUUCUUGGUGUCGUAUAAGUGGACACUGCCUAUAAAGACAGUGGAGGACUUGAAGAUUUGUUGGCCCUUGUUGGGUCACAUCCCAAUCCCCUUUUUACUUUCCUCAGGCCUUUUAGGCCGUUCUUUCUUCAUCCCUCUGUUCACCAAGCUUCCACCAUUCGCCCCUCACUGGCCACAGCUGUCCUCCCUCCCCGUACCCGUCCCCACCAACCCAUCCCUGUUCCUCACCAUACCCCCAGCCACCCCACCCCUCACCCUUCCAUGGCCACCAGCACAGCACGAGAGCACCUCCUGGUGGUGCGGAGGCGCAGCCCGCACAUGCGAUACACACUGGGACCGGAAAACCUGCGCGGUACCGGCAGUGGCGGGACAUCCAGAGGAGGCGCCGCAGCCGAGACAAUGGGUCUACAACGAGCCAACAGUGAUACGGACCUGGUCACGUCAGACAGCCGGUCCUCCCUUACCGCUUCCACCUAUCAGUUCACCUUGGGAAGAGGACAGAACCUCGUCAUUUCAUGGGACAUCAAGGAGGAGGUGGAUGCCACAGAUUGGAUCGGGCUCUACCACAUUGAUGAGACGUGUCCGGCUAACGUGUGGGACUCGAAGAACCGCGGCGUCAACGGCACACAGAGGGGACAGAUCGUCUGGAGGCUGGAGCCUGGGCCUUAUUUCAUGGAGCCUGAGACCAAAAUCUGCUUCAAAUAUUACCACGGAGUGAGCGGAGCCUUAAGAGCGACGACGCCCUGCAUCACUGUAAAGAACCCUGGUGUGCUGGUUGGACCAGAAGGACAAGUGGACGGCCAGUCCGUGACGGAGCAUUGCCGGAAACUCGUCAGCUUCACGCUCUCAGAUAUCAGAGCUCAGGGCCUAAAGAAAGGCAUGUUCUUCAAUCCGGACCCGUAUCUGAAGAUGAGCAUCCAGCCUGGAAAACGCAGCGGCUUCCCUGCCUUCACACACCACGGCCAAGAGAGACGAUCCUCCAUCAUCUCCAACACCACCAACCCUGUGUGGCAUGGAGAGAAAUACACCUUCGUUGCACUCAUGACAGAUGUUUUAGAGAUCGAGGUCAAGGACAAAUUUGCUAAAAGUCGGCCAAUCAUCAAGCGCUUUUUGGGUCAGCUGACCAUACCUGUGCAGAGGCUUCUGGAGAGGCACGCAACAGGGGAUCAGCCUGCAAGCUAUACUCUGUGCCGCCGUUUGCCCACGGAUCAUGUAAGCGGUCAGCUUCAGUUCAGGGUGGAGAUCACAUCUACUGGUCAUGAGGAUGCUAUGGGCUCACUGCUGGGGGCUUCGUCUGUGAAUGGGGACCCGGGCAGUCCCUCUGAUGACGAGGAUGUGGUCCCUCCGUCCUCCCGCAUCCCGAGGGCCUCGUCUCCAACCGGCUCUGAGGGCUCUCUGCACAACGAGGCCUUUAGGACUGACGAAGGUCCACCAGAACCUGACGAAGAGCGCAACCUUAGGGACGUAAUCAUCGAUCCGGGACACACCCAGAGACAGACCUCUCUCAACGAUUACCUGGACACCAUUGAGGCACCGAAUGGUCCUGGAGAUCGCCCCCUGGGUGCGGCGUCGCCCAAACUCCGCUCCAGCUUCCCCACUGACACGCGGCUCAACGCCAUGCUGCACAUCGACUCUGAUGAAGAUGAGGAAGCGCACGUGUCUCAGGGGUUGGCCAAUGGAGAAGCGUCUGAACAGGAGCAGAGGGAAGGGUCUAGAACAGAGCUGGAGGGGAGUCCCACUCGUAGUGAAGAAGCAGUGGUGUCCCAGUCAGACAGCAGCGCUGCGAAGACCCAAAAUGGCGGCGCGGAAGGGAGCCAGGAGGGAGCAGCUAGCGCGUCACCCCAGUCCGCAUCCCUGAAUCCGGCAGCUCAGGAUAACGAUGCAGCCAAGGAGGCGACGAGCGAGGAGGUCUUUGUAGCGAGCGAUGCCACCGUUUCUGAAGCGAGCUCUGGUGUAGCUAGUGCAGAGGGUGGGGCUACUGCAGGCGACCAAUUGGAGCCUGGCGUCUCUCAGGAACAGCCGAACAAAGCCGAUGGGCAGGAAGAGGGUGAGGAGGUAUGGAGGAGGAGGCAGAGCUUGCUAGCAUCAGGGGAGGAGUCACAGGCAGAAGGGGCGGAGUCAUCAGGACGACGGAGACCUGAUUCGGCGGAAACAGAUGGGGAGUCAGAUUCAGCCUCAGGAAUAGGACCCCAGCCCUCAACCCAAAUCCCAGUUGAAGGAGAAGGAGGAGCCAGUGCUCAGGUGAACAGUCAUCAGCAUGUCCGCUCUCUUCCAGCCGUACGUCACGACAUCAACCGCUAUCAGCGUGUGGACGAACCCCUACCACCGAACUGGGAGGCCCGCAUUGACAGUCAUGGGAGAGUCUUUUAUGUUGAUCACGUGAACAGAACCACCACCUGGCAGCGACCUACAGCUCCGCCUGCUCCUCAGGUGCUGCAGAGAUCCAGUUCCAUCCAGCAGAUGGAGCAGCUGAACCGCCGGUAUCAGAGUAUCCGGAGAACGAUGACGAACGAGCGCACAGAAGAGCAGGCAGCAGAGAUCCCCUCAGACGACACAGACCUGAUGCAUCACACCAUUCCUGAGUACCGCAGGGACGUAGCGGUGGGAGGUGCUAACUAUUGCUCACGUCUCUCAUUGCUGCUUCAGUCACCCAGCGCCAAAUUUCUCACCAGCCCUGACUUCUUCAGCGUGCUUCACUCCAACCCUAGUGCCUACCGCAUGUUUACAAGUAACACGUGUCUGAAGCACAUGAUCAGCAAGGUGCGGCGUGACGCGCACCACUUCGAGCGUUACCAGCACAACCGCGACCUGGUGACCUUCCUCAACCUGUUUGCCAACAAGCAGGUGGAGCUGCCGCGUGGCUGGGAAAUGAAACACGACCACACUGGCAAGACGUUUUUUGUGGACCACAACUGCCGCUCCACCACUUUCAUAGACCCACGGUUGCCUCUGCAAAGUGCUCGGCCCAGCAGCCUGCUCGCCCACCGCCAGCACUUGAGCCGCCAGCGCAGCCACAGUGCCGGAGAGGUGACACGCACACAUCAGUGGCCUCCUUUCCCGAAGGUGGGUGAUGAUCCACGUCACGCCGGUCCCGGUGUCCUCGCCCGGCCCUCUAACACGUUCAGCGCUGCUGGUCGCAGUCAAUGCCAGGAUCUCGUACCUGUUGCCUACAACGAUAAGAUUGUGGCCUUUUUAAGGCAGCCGAACAUAUUUGAGAUCCUGCAGGAGAGACAGCCCGAGUUCAGUAGGAAUCACUCACUCAGGGAGAAGGUGCAGUUUAUCCGAAACGAGGGCGCAGCCGGCCUGGUGCGUCUCUCCAGCGAUGCAGAUUUGGUCAUCUUGCUCAGCCUGUUUGAAGAGGAAGUGAUGUCGUACGUGCCCCCUCAUGCCUUAUUGCACCCCAGCUACUGUCAGUCUCCACGGAGUUCUCCGGUUUCUUCCCCGCAGAACUCGCCUGGCACGCAACGAGCCAACGCCCGCGCUCCUGCGCCGUACAAGCGAGACUUUGAGGCCAAACUGCGCAAUUUCUACCGCAAGCUCGAGACCAAGGGCUACGGUCAGGGGCCGGGGAAAGUCAAACUGAUCAUGCGCAGAGAUCACUUGCUGGAAGAUGCGUUCAACCAGAUCAUGUGCUAUUCCAGGAAGGACUUGCAGCGAAGUAAACUUUAUGUCAGCUUCGUCGGCGAGGAGGGGCUGGACUACAGUGGCCCUUCUAGAGAGUUCUUUUUCCUGGUGUCGCGUGAGCUCUUUAACCCCUACUACGGCCUGUUCGAGUACUCGGCCAAUGACACCUACACCGUCCAGAUCAGCCCCAUGUCUGCCUUCGUCGACAACCAUCACGAAUGGUUUCGGUUCAGUGGCCGUAUCCUCGGCCUGGCUCUCAUCCAUCAGUACCUGCUCGAUGCCUUUUUCACACGACCUUUCUACAAGGGUCUACUGCGCAUUCCGUGCGAUCUCAGUGAUUUAGAGUAUCUGGAUGAGGAAUUCCACCAGAGUUUACAGUGGAUGAAGGACAACGAUAUCGAAGACAUGCUGGACCUCACCUUUACUGUUAACGAGGAAGUGUUCGGACAGAUCACCGAGCGAGAGCUAAAGCCCGGCGGCGCCAACAUCCCUGUUUCAGAGAAGAACAAGAAGGAGUAUAUAGAGCGCAUGGUGAAGUGGAGGAUAGAGAGAGGAGUUGUUCAGCAGACCGAGAGCUUGGUGCGAGGCUUCUACGAGGUGGUGGACGCUCGGCUCGUGUCCGUGUUCGACGCCCGGGAGCUGGAGCUCGUCAUUGCUGGCACAGCAGAGAUCGAUCUGAACGACUGGAGGAACAACACUGAAUAUCGAGGAGGUUACCAUGACAACCACAUUGUAAUCCGCUGGUUCUGGGCAGCAGUGGAGAGAUUCAACAAUGAACAGAGGCUGAGAUUGCUUCAGUUCAUUACAGGAACCUCGAGUAUUCCCUACGAAGGUUUUGCCUCGCUCAGGGGCAGCAACGGCCCUCGCCGCUUCUGUGUGGAAAAGUGGGGCAAGAUCACAUCGUUACCCAGGGCUCACACGUGUUUUAAUCGUCUCGACCUUCCGCCCUACCCCUCGUUCUCCAUGCUGUACGAGAAGAUGCUGACCGCAGUCGAGGAAACCAGCACUUUUGGUUUGGAGUGAACUUUGACCCCCUGCGGCUGCGCGACACUUCAGGAACCUCGACAAAACUGUUAGCAAACGCACUUUCGAAUCCAUUUCCGUGCACCAAUCAGUGAUGAGCGUAGUUAAUCCUCCCAGCCGGGUAGGAGCGAGAACGGAGCAUGCAGGAACAAGAGAGAGGAACUCGCCGGAAAGAUGGCGACACGGCGGGCGAGUUGUUGUCGCUGAUUCAGAUCGUUGGUUCAAAUCUCAAGUCUGGACGUCCGAACACGGAUCAGAGCGGCUCGGAAAUCCAUCAAAAGGCAACUCUUGAACAGUUUUUCAUGCAGAAUGUCAUGUCAGAGAUCCAAGAGAGUCUCUCUGCAAAAAAAAAGCCUUUUUCUGAUCAACCACAACCAUGACAUGCCCAUAUAUCAGCACUUUCUUAUAUCACCACAUGUUCUCACACACAACCUGAAUGCACUGUUUGAAAUGUAUACACUUUAACAUAUUUCUAUAUUGUUAAUUAUGUUUAUACUUACUGUACUAUACAGCACCUCCUUUAGGUUACUCAAGCAGACGGAUGUCUACGACGCAGAGUGUGAUAAACCUGGGACAUGUACUCGAGGAACCCUCAUAGUUCACGUGUUACACAGAGAAGCGAAUUAAAUGGAGUAGGAAGAUACUUUUGUUUCUACUCCAUCUGACCGAGUUUGAAGGCGGAGUCAAAUCGGAGUCGAAUUUUUGUUCUCUAUUCCAAACGAAGCUUUAGACGGGACGCACAGGCGUCUUUGAGUGACGAACAGCUUCACGCCGUAGCCGCUUGCACUCACGUGUCCCUGGAUUCUUCUCAACACUGCCGUCACCUGUGUGCAUCGUAUGCUCGCGGCUUUUUCCGAAUGUUUUCAGUAAAACAGUCAUCUGUAAAAAUGAACUGGAAAGAAUCAUCAUCAUCAUAGAUCCAAUCCAGUCCACGCUUUUCUCAUUCUAUUCAAUUAUUUAUGCUGUUUCAAUUGCACAGAAUGUACCAAAGGUUCAGGGAUCGGCGUAGGCCGUCCCGAAAUCACGCCUACCCUUACUUCACGUCUUGACUUUUUCAUAGUGCUAUGGUCUGUUUUUGCACCCAUCUGAAAGUAAAAAGAAAGUAUUGAUUACA